CUCUUUCACGCUCCUGAGUGUUCACGCAUCACGUGCGUCUGGCACCAGAACCAAAGUUGUGUGUCAGCGGGGAAGCAACUUGAGUCACAGCCCAGAAAAUAACGAGUCAAUGUGUCCACACACAACGAGGCAGGAGCCCUCGGUGGAAAUCCUCAGCGUCUGUGCGAGUGAGCGCCGUCAGAGGCUGCAUGGUUUCUCGGAGGACGGACGGGACUGUUGCAAUGUCAUCUCACACCCGCGUUCUGGAGCCCCGUGGAGCGGAGCUGCUGGGAUGAAGCGCUCUGGCAGUAUGUUCCUGGGCAGCAAGCGGAGUAAGCGGCGGGGCAGACGGAGCGGCGUCCUGCUCAACCUGGCUCUCCUGGCGGCCCUGGUGAGCCUGCUCGCCGACCCGGCCGCGGCCCAGAAGCAGCGCGCCGGCGCCGCCUCCGACAAGGUGCCGGUCCUGAACAUCGCCGUGAUCCUGGGGCGCACGCGCUACAUCUCGGACCGGGAGAUCCGGGCGCUGUGGAGCAAAGAGGACCCCAUCGACGUCAACGUGGUCACACUGCUGGUCAACGAGACCGACCCCAGAAGCAUCAUCACGCACAUGUGCGACCUGAUGUCUGGGACCAAGAUCCACGGCGUGGUGUUCGGGGAUGGCACCGACCAGGAGGCCAUCGCCCAGAUUUUGGAUUUUAUUUCCUCGCAGACGCUCAUACCCAUCCUUGGCAUCCAUGGGGGGUCGUCCAUGAUCAUGGCGGACAAGGAUGUGAAGUCGACGUUCUUCCAAUUCGGUGCCUCCAUCCAACAGGAGGCGCUGCUGAUGCUCAACAUCAUGGAGGAGUACGACUGGCACAUCUUCUCCAUUGUUACGUCAAAGUUCCCAGGCUACCAGGAGUUCAUCAACAUCCUGAAAACCACGGUGGACAACAGCUUCGUGGGCUGGGACCUGCAGAAUAUCAUCACUCUGGAUGCCGUGGAGGAAGACAGCCGGUCUCAGAUCAUGCUCAAGAAAGUCCAGUCUCCAGUGGUCCUGCUCUACUGCUCCAAGGACGAGGCGGUCUACAUCCUGGAGGAGGCCCGGUCCCUGGGUCUCACCGGAUUCGGAUACAUCUGGAUCGUGCCGUCGCUCACCACCGGCAACCCGGAAAUAAUGCCUGACGAGUUUCCAUCGGGCAUGAUUUCGGUGUCAUACGAUGACUGGGACUACCCUCUGGAGGCGAGGGUCCGUGACGGCCUGGGGAUCAUAACGUCAGCGGCGGCGGCCAUGUUGGUGGAGUACGGCGACAUCCCUGAAGCCAAGACGUCCUGCUACGGUCAGAUGGAGAAGACGACCAAGCUGCCGCCAAGUGCACUGCACAAGUACAUGAUGAACGUGACGUGGGACGGCAGAGACCUGUCGUUCACAGAAGAUGGCUACCAGGAGAACCCGAAGCUGGUGGUCAUUGUUCUCAACAAGGAGAGAGAGUGGGAAAAGAUGGGGAGACUGGACAACGGCAGCCUGACCCUGAAGUACCCGGUGUGGCCGCGCUUCAACUCCUUCGGCGACGCCGAGCUCGACGACAACCACCUGUCCAUUGUCACUUUAGAGGAGAAGCCGUUUGUUAUCGUGGAGGACGUGGAGAGACUCACCGGUACCUGCAUGAGGAACUCUGUGCCCUGCAGGAAGCAUAUCAAGGACAACACAACAGAGGCUGGUGGGACAUACAUCAAGAAGUGCUGCAAAGGCUUCUGCAUUGAUAUUCUGAAAAAGAUCGCCAAGUAUGUCAAAUUUACUUAUGACCUGUACUUGGUGACCAAUGGCAAGCAUGGCAAGAAAAUCAACAACGUCUGGAAUGGGAUGGUGGGAGAGGUGGUCUAUAAGAAAGCCGUCAUGGCCGUCGGAUCUCUGACGAUCAAUGAGGAGCGUUCUGAGGUCAUCGAUUUCUCCGUCCCGUUCGUGGAAACCGGGAUAAGCGUCAUGGUUUCCCGUAGCAACGGAACGGUCUCCCCAUCAGCCUUUCUUGAGCCAUUCAGUGCAUCAGUGUGGGUCAUGAUGUUUGUGAUGCUGCUACUGGUGACUGCAAUGGCUGUGUUUAUGUUCGAGUACAUCAGUCCUCUUGGCUUUAACCGAAACCUGGCACAAGGAAAAGAUCCCCACGGUCCUUCCUUCACCAUGGGCAAGGCUGUGUGGCUGCUGUGGGGUCUGGUCUUUAACAACUCCGUACCAGUGCAAAACCCAAAGGGAACCACCAGUAAGUUCAUUGUGUCUGUGUGGGCCUUCUUCGCUGUGAUCUUCCUGGCCUCCUACACUGCCAACCUGGCCGCCUUCAUGAUCCAGGAGGAGUUUGUUGACCAAGUCACGGGGCUUUCUGAUAACAAGUUUCAGAACCCAUACGCUUACUCGCCUCCAUUUCGCUUCGGCACCGUUCCUAACGGCUCUACGGAAAGAAACAUCAAGAAGAACUACCCGGCCAUGCAUGCAUACAUGACAAAAUACCAUCAAACUGGAGUCGUGGACGCACUCGUGAGCCUCAAAACUGGCAAACUGGAUGCCUUCAUCUACGACGCUGCGGUGUUGAACUACAUGGCCGGCAGAGAUGAGGGGUGUAAGCUGGUCACCAUUGGCAGCGGGUACAUCUUCGCUACCACUGGCUACGGAAUUGCUCUGCAGAAAGGCUCCUACUGGAAACGGCAGGUGGAUUUGGCCAUCCUGGCUAUAAUCGGAGACGGUGAAAUGGAGGAACUCGAAGCACAGUGGCUCACUGGAAUUUGCCACAAUGAAAAGAAUGAGGUGAUGUCCAGUCAGCUGGAUGUGGACAACAUGGCUGGGGUCUUCUACAUGCUGGCCACCGCAAUGGGACUGUCCCUCAUCACCUUUGUCUCUGAGCAUCUCUUCUACUGGAGGCUCAGAUACUGUUUCACCGGGGUGUGUUCUGGCAGGCCUGGUCUUCUGUUCUCCAUCAGUCGGGGAAUCUGGAGUUGCAUCCAUGGAGUCCACAUUGACAUGAAGAAGAAGACAGAUCUAGACUUCAGCCCUCAGGACAAAAUGCUUAAGCUCAUUAAGUCAGCCAAACAGAUGACCAACAUGUCUAACCUGGGUGGCUCCCACAUGAACUCACCCAAACGUGAAUUCAUGCACUCCGCUGGCCCCUUGAUCAUGGACAUGAUGGCAGAGAAGGGCAACUUUAUAUAUGCUGACAACCGAAGCUAUGCUCCAAAAGACAUGAUCUACGGGGACGCUGGCGACCUGCAGUCUUAUCUCACCAACCGCCACAAAGACCACCUCAACAACUACAUCUUCCAGGGAGGCCAGCAUCCUCUGACUCUGAAUGAUGCCAAUCCCAACACAGUGGAAGUGGCGGUAAGUGCUGAUUCAGUCCAGACCAACGCCAAGCCGCCCCGGACCCUGUGGAAGAAGUCGGUGGACACGCUUCGCUCAGUGCCACCUGGGCCCCCUCCGAUGCCCGACAUGCUGAUGCCAGACCCGCGAAUGUCGAUGAAGACGCAGCGUUACCUCCCCGAGGACGCAGCCCACUCUGACAUCUCUGACUGUUCCAGCAGGGCAGCCUCCUACAAGGACCCAGAAAACAACAAGCACCUGAAGCCCAAGGACAACUUAAAAAAAAGAUCAGUGACGUCAAAAUACCCAAGGGACUGCAGUGAGGUGGAGCUGUCCUACUUAAAAACUAAGCAGGUCAGUGGUGGAACCAACCAACCCGGGAGAGGAGGAGGAGAGAAAAUCUACACCAUCGACUCAGACCGAGAGCUGAGUCUACACUCAGACCCCGUUCACUACCGCGAAAGUCGCGGGCUUGCGGCCGAUGAUUUGGAUUACCCCGAAAUGUACUCCGACCACAGCGACAACUACAGAAAGUGUGAGCAGCCCAUCAUUCACCUGAACUCCUCGCCUCUACAUCACACAGACUCAGACCUACUUCCCGACCCCGCCUACUCUAAACACUAUAACCUGAAAGAGAAAAACCUGUCUCUUUCCCCACACGAAUCCAUUGACCGCUACAAACAGACACACUGCCGCUCCUGCUUGUCCAAAGUGACUGCGAGCUACCCACCAGCAGGGCCGUACACCUCGUCUGGCACUGCCUCCGCGUCUGCCACGCGCUCGCCCUACAACCGCUGUGAAGCGUGCCUCCACUCGGCCAACUUGUAUGACAUUAGUGAGGACCAGCUCCUCGCAGACACCUUGGUCAGUCCCACCAUGCACCACCAACAGCAGCAGCAGCAGCCAGACGAAAUGUUUGGCCUGUACUGGCCACAGACCGACGGCCCGCACGUUCAGAAGAGGAAUCGCUUGAGGCUGAGUCGACAGCACUCCUUCGACAACAUCAUGCUCGAGAAGCCCAAGGAUGUAGACCUGGGCCGACCGGCACGCAGCGUCAGCCUGAAGGAGAAGGAUCGCUUCCUGGACUCUGCAUCCGACUCGCACUACGCCAACCUCUUUGGCGUGCGCCCCUACUCCGGCAGACUGUUUGGAACUGGAUCGAAGUCGAUGCUGUUUAACCACAACCUUGAGGAGAGCAAAAGGAGCAAGUCCCUGUACCCGGCCCAUGGCUCGGAUAAUCCUUUCCUCAGCCACUCGCUGAGGGACGACACCAGCAGCAGACUGGUCCAUGGGCGUAGCUCCUCUGAUAUUUACAAACAGCUGGCAGUGGCCUCGCCUUCAGCGGUCCUCGGAUCGGCCCCCAUCAGCUCACGCAAUGAUGCGAACAAUCUCCGCUCCUCUGUUAAAUCCACCACCUCAUACUGCUCACGGGACGGGCGAAUAGUUAAUGACAUGUACAAUAAAGAGCAUGUGAUGCCUUACUCAGCCAAUAAGACUAGUGCAUACCCAGCCCCACGCGGCGUCUUAAACUCAGCCCAGUUUAGCAAUAGACGGGUUUAUAAAAAAAUUCCCAGUCUGGAGUCUGAUGUUUAGUUGCUAUAAGAAAUGAUGUGUUCUCUCCUUACUCCUCUCUGGGUUUGUAUUAUAAUUUAUCAACUAUGUUGUCCAUGAAGGGAUGCCAUAGCCUCACUACAUGUUUCUUCUUCUCUUUAACAUUGUAAUCCAAAUGAACUCGGUAUGAUAGUACUAUUGACACUCUCUUUGCAGAUAAUAUCACAAUUUCUGUCCAUUCUCUACCAUGUGAGGUGGCGCCAUGGCAGGUACUUAGCAAAAAGAUCCGGGAGUGCAAAGGUUAGAGGAAUCAUUAACCCUCCAACGCUUGAAGGAAACUGGGGAACAGCAUGGUCCCUUUGGAGACAGGAAAAGCCCAAGCUACUUUUUGAGAGGUGUUAAAGAGAACGACAGCUAAUUUGUGAUUGAAAUACACAAGGACAUGUUGAGGAGGAUUAAAGGAGAAUUAUAGUAAGGAGGAAAAAUAACCUUUCGUUCAACCCUUCCUACCUUCUAAAUAUUCUCCACCUCCACUGUCAAGCUUGUGGUGCACUAGUUGAGGAGAGGAGGCUUGACAGAGACUGCAUGGGCACGUCUGAAGCCGCAGAAUCUCAUGAGGGCACGGGCGUCACGGCGAGCCGGUCCAGCGGCCUGCAGCUUGUUACUGUGACAAACAUGGCCGCCCGCUGAGACAUGUGGUGCUGCAAAGGAGACGGAGGGACGGAGAGUUGAGUUCAUGCGGUACUUUUGUUUGCCAUGCGAUGCUGAGUAGGUGCUAUCAAUGAAUAAUGUUUACAGGCUGACAAAUGACUGAUGGGACAGAACAGACGCAGGGCAACCCGAGGCGGGCGACGGGCAUUUCAUUUGUGGCGCUGCACAUAGAAAAAUAUUUGCAAAAUAUUGCUUUUUUUAUUCUAUGAAACUAUAAGAUUUAUUGGGGAUUCUGGCAUCUGGAUCCUUCUAUGUAGGAUUUUAGUGUUUGCUUAUUUGGUAGCACAAUAGCCAUUAGUUUUAAAACCCUACUCCCACAUUUGCUUUUGAAAAGAAUCACCAUCAAGAGUAGUGUAUGAUUUUGCAUGUGUUGAUUUUGCGUUCUUUGUCCGAGGAAAUACGCUCAGACACGUACGUUUAAAAGGGGACUGUCUCUAGAUAUGGUGGAUAGAUACUUGUACAAUCGAAACCUUAAACCCUGACCCUUGUGCUUAGUCAAUUAUUGUCAUGCUAUUGCUCCUGCUGCAAAACACCAAGAGAAUGGUGAAAGGGAAGCGAGUACAGAGUGUCCACCGCCGUCUCGUCUGAACUGGGGAGGGGGUGCACGCUGAUGUGUUUUCGUCUUUGAUCUGCCACUGAGAAACAGGGUAUUACCUAUAAACCACUGACUUCCUUCCUUAUCCUCUCCUUCUUCAACACUACGCGUCAUUAGAGUGCUAGAAACGUUUAGAGCCAUGCCGUUUGAGUUGUAGGUGUCCGGUUGAACCUCUUUGCUUGGUUGGUUGCUGCAGCAGUUCCAGCGCUUUUCAUGAGCCUCUACAGAGACGAGGAUUGUUUUAGCAGCUGAUCAUCGAUUACUGGUGAUCCACAGUUCACUACAUGCUGUUGGUGGAAUGGGGUGGGGGGUGGAGCACACAGAACCAAGAGGGCUCUACUGCUACAUGCUCAUUAAUCAAGUGUUCAUCUUAGUGUGAGUUAAAUAAUGUGUGUGCAUGGCAGAACUUAAGCUUGAAGUCUUAACUAGAACUUUCGGUUCCUGAGCUGAUGCUGAUGCUGUUUCUUUGGAAUCAUUCUGAUUCCACUUAGGAGAGAGUUGCCCAUGCUUCCUUGUACACGCGUGCCCAUCGUACUUUUUGUAGCAUUUUCCUGUGCAGCUCGCACAGUAAAGACAAUAGAAAACAUGCAACCAUUUCCACCGAUUUGCUUGAUAGAUUGGAUUCACAAAGCCAAAUUGUAUAAAAUACCUCAGGAUGAUUCUGUGCGUUUUGGGGAAGCUUCAGUCGUAGCAACAGAACAUGAUGCAGCGCAGAGUUUUUUGUAUUAAAAAAAAGACAAACACACAAAAAAAACAACAACACAAUUUAUAGAACCCGCAAAGGAUUCAAACCUUUCUCCUUUUGAUGUUUACCAGUCCAAGGUCUUCCAGCUCGGCGCUCUGUCCGAGCUCAUGCAACCUGAGAGAAGAGUGGGGGGUGCCACCUGGCAUCUCCUCUGUGCAUAAGGCCGGAGUCGUCUUCUCUCCGUGCUCUUUAAAGGCAGUCAAAUGCAUUAGCCACUGUGUUUCAUUCGAAGCUCCAUCUUUAACAGCCGCGCUCAUAUCGCCCUUUUGUACUCUUGGAAUACUGCAGCGAGCCGCUCCCUCCUUCCCCAUCAGCUCACCAGCGCUUUUUAUCUGCAUAUUUAUUCUCAUCAUAUUUAUCUCCACAUGCUGCUUGCGUGAGCUGACACCGAGAACAAUGUGCACAUGUAGAAGUACCACAUUGCACCCUCGCGUUUUCUGAACUCAUGGCGAUUUGUUCUCUUCGUUCUCCUUUUACAGGACUGUCAUGUAAACUAUUGCUCUUUUCUGUUCAGAUGCACACGCACACACAAACACACCCUUGUGAUGACAACCCUGCUCUUUUUAAUGACAAAAAUGUAUUUUAAUUACAUUUAAUGAUAAAUAAUGAGGUGAUGGCAUGCAACCCCAGAUGUAACAGUUUUGAUGUUUUCUGUUUCUUUCUUUCUUUGCGUUUGUUCUUUUUGUUAUGAUGUUAUGAUCACUAAUGCGUUGUAACCAGGUGUGAGCAUAUACAUAUUUGAGAGAAAAAAAAAACCUGUGUUGAACAUGACGAAGAUGCUGCUGCUUUUUUGGGGGGAGAAUGCAAGAAACCUGACCUGUAGUGAACCUCCUCGUUGGCUGACGGGUCAUUAUCAGUCCAGGUUGUGCUCAAUGGGGUCAUGGGUCAGGACAUGGCUUGGUACUGUAUGGCGGGACAUCCUUGCUCUUCCUCCAAUGGCAGGUGAGAAUUACUGUAUCACCAGCUCUGCUUCUCUCUUCCCUCUCCUUCAUGUAUAGUCAGGAUUUCAACUGUAAAGAAGAUAAAAGAAAAAAGGUAACCCUCUAUUUGAGUCUGCUGUCCCUCCAAAGAUACGAGACCUCUUUCGUUUUGGUUUGCUGUAAGAAUAGAGCUUUUUUUUUUAAACUAAUACUUCCUCAAAGACUUUUAAGGAACUAUUUUGAAUAUAUUUAGAAAUGACACCUGUAUAAAUCGCUUGUAAAUUCAUACUGGAAUACAUCAUCAUGGAGAAUUAUAAAUGAUAAAGAGUAAAAACAAUAUUUUUUGUGUGGAUUUCACAGGAGCUCUUCUGUACAGUGGCACUGUUUCUCUAUCUCUCUCUUUCUAUCUCUAUCUCUCUCUCUGUAGAGCGACUAGAAUAAAACUUCACCAUUCACAAGG